AUGCUUUUAUCCGAUGAUCAGAAAGAAAUUUUAUUUAAUCUUGUAUUUGAACUUAAUAAUGAAUUACGAUCAAAUGCAGUAUUUAAACAACGAGCACCACUUACCAAUCAGCAAGUUCGACCAACAGCAGCUAUUCCUAUUCCUUCUAGCGGUUUAUCAUCUAGUCGACUUACUUUAGAUAUUGAUACAUUAGAACGUGAAUAUAAUUCACGACCACCACCAACAAUUUCGCCACAAAUAUUACAAAAAAUUCAGCAACACCCAGUGUCUAUUCAAACAACUUCAACGCCACUUCCCCCUCCACCACUUAACGGUUCUGUCACAGCUACUACAGCUCAUCAAAAAAAAACAGCUAUGCACCGUUCGGAACAAAUAACACAGCUGCUCUUUCGAAAACGUCCAUUAAAUAAACGUGAAUUAACUAAAAAAGAUAAUGAUGUUAUUACAAUUCCAAAUAGAGAUCAUUGUCUUGUUCAUGUGCCAAAAUCAAAAGUUGAUUUAACCAAAUAUUUUGAUAAUCAAACAUUUAAAUUCGAUUAUACAUUUGAUGAAAAAGCUUCAACUGAACUUGUUUAUCAUUAUACAGCUGCUUCACUGAUUGAUACAAUUUUUAAUGGUGGCCAUGCUACUGUUUUUGCCUAUGGUCAAACUGGAUCUGGUAAAACAUUUACAAUGGGUGGUGAUUUAUCAUCAGCAAAGAUCGAUUAUUCACAUGGUAUCUACGCACAAACAGCACGUGAUAUAUUUCAUCGUUUAUCACAACCACAAUAUCGUUCAUCAGUUGAAAUAUUUGUUACAUUUUAUGAAAUUUAUUGUGGCAAAGUUUUUGAUCUACUUAAUAAUAAAAAACGUUUACGUGUAUUCGAAGAUCAAAAAGGUCUUGUUCAAGUUUGUGAUCGAAAAGAACAACAAGUUAAAUCCGUUCAUCAUGUAUUAAAUAUCAUUCAACGUAAGUCUAUCUUAUUUAUUCAAACAUUUUUCAACAUGACAAGAAUUUUGAACAGUACGAUUGCGUAA